AUGGAUGCAUUUUUUUUGGUUUUUGACAUAUCUUCCGUUCUUAAAUUCAUUUUAUUUUCAGCUCAGGCUUGUGCAGAUGUUCUGGCAUUAGCCAAAGAAGCUAGAAAGCGAAAUCUUGGUCCUCUUCAUCCUUCCUUUAAUGUGAUAAAGAUACUAAGAGAUGGACUGAUGAGACAUCUUCCAGAAAACACUCACCAGUUGUCAUCGGGCAGACUAUGUAUUUCACUAACCAGAGUAUCAGAUGGUAAAAAUGCGUUGAUAUCUAAUUUUAACUCUAAAGAAGAAGUUAUCCAGGCUUUGAUCUGUAGUUCAUUUGUCCCUAUUUAUUGUGGCCUAAUUCCACCGUCAUUUAGAGGUGUGCGCUAUGUGGAUGGAGGAAUCAGUGACAACUUACCUCACUAUGAAUCUAAGAAUACCAUUACAAUUUCGCCUUUCGCUGGAGAGUGUGAUAUCUGUCCAAAAGGGAAUUCUGCCAGCUUUCAUGAAAUGAUUGUGACUAACGCCAGCAUUCACCUUAGUUUGGGGAAUCUUUAUCGUUUAACACAAGCGCUCUUUCCACCAGAACCUAAGGUACUAGGAGAGAUCUGUGAGCAAGGAUAUUCAGAUGCUCUUAAAUUCUUGAAAGAGAAUGGUAUUCUGAAUGACUCAAUCUAUAUCCACUUGUCCCUCACAAAAAGAAAUCCUCAUGAGGUUGCACAACAUGUUGACCAUAUGAAGAAAAAAAAAAUGACAGAAAAUAACACAAUAGAAACUUUGAAAAUGGAAGUACUUAAUGACCAGCUGAAGCAAAAUCCAUGGCCUUUGGAGAAGAGCAUAUUUGAGAGUCUACCUCCUAGACUUCGUAAAGCACUGCAAGAAGCUUGUAAAGAACAGAAUGGAUUCUACGCUCAGUUCUCUAAACUCUUCCCAAUGCGGGUGAUAUCCUAUCUGAUGCUACCAUAUACGCUACCAGUGGAGUCCGCUUACUCUGUUGCUUUACGGUUAGUAAACUGGUUUCCUGACAUGCCUGCUGAUGUUCGAUGGAUGCAAGAACAGCUUUGUCGGAUUGCUGGUACAGUUUAUUCCCAGGCUAAAAGCAAGCUGUUCUCUAUGUCCAGGAAAGACAAUUAUGCAUCACUAAGAAAAUGUCAAACUGUCCCACCUACUAUGGAAUUUCAUUCUUCAUACUGCCACCUUAAAAUGCCUCACUCUUCUGCGGACCUUGAAACCCGGCUCUGGGAACCUUCAUGCUUCAUGCACUCAGCUAUGAAAAAUGCUUCUGCUAAUAUGCAGGAGCGUUCAGACUUAAACUCCUAUCCUAAUUUUCUCCCAAAUUCUGAUGAGACUGGGUUGGAAAUAGAUUUUGACUCUUCCUCAGAGACAAGUUUCCAAACUGCUCCAGAGUAUUAAUUUGGAAGUAGAUUCCAAAGUUUCCAAUAUUCCAGUUUGGCAGACAAAUUUAAAUCCUAAAGGACUAAAGAUCACUUUCUUUAUUGCCAAUAAGUCUUGGAAAAUAAUUUGUUUACAGCUUCCUGAAAAAUCUGCCUUGGGAACUCUACUGUUUUAAGGAUUAUAAAAACAGUGGCUGCUACACUAG